CUAGUUCAGAUUGAUAGUACGGGUCAUAGAGACUGCAAGCAGCAUAGUCCCGUGCUGUCGUGGAAGAAUGCGUACUCAAUAAUCUUGCACAUGACAUAUUGUCAUUGCCCUAAAAUUUAACUAUUCGUGUUAUUAUCAUAAUUAGAAAAAUAUUAAUUGCACGCGUAAUUCUUGAGCAUUCGCUCAUUCGUUUUAUUUAACUUUUUGUAAUUUUAGAACUUACAGUAUUUUAUAGAGGGCUUUGUGCAUGAACUAUUCUUCAUGGGAUAAAUAUCAGCCUGAAGACAAUGAUCCUAAAUUCUUCAGUUAGUUUUGCUAAAUCAUUCUGAACUGAGCAUGUGUAAGUAUUGAUACUGUUUUAUGCAGGCGACAUGAGAUGAUUGUCAAAUUGGGAACCAAAGGAGUGAUUUUAGAUGUAUCAAACUGACAAAAUGUUAUGAAAAGGAUUCGUCUGAAAAAGGACCUAUACACCUGAGGAUCAUGACCAUGAGCGGCUGUAAUCACACUGUUUUGCCUGUGCCGCUGGACCUUACCAACAAAACAAGAGAGCGUGGGAGCUGCGCACAGGGGGCGACGGGCGACCAAGGUCAUUGUAGACAUAACCCACCAAGACCGGUGGUAUCAGGGCACAGCAAUGGACAAGGACGUUCUCCUCCUGAACCACGGGACAGUUGUGGACCUUCAGUUUCGCUAUCGACUCAAAAAGGCGAUGGGAAUGUCAGGGGAAACAGGACGCUUGAGGAUCCCAGACAAACCCGACCUACCUCCCCUAACGUGAAGUCCAACAAUCUGACGGACACUGGAUGGAAACUGACAGAUUCCUUGUUUUCUAAACUUCCGAUAAGGAAACGUCCUUUCCCUCUUGACCAUGAGCACACUGGUCCAAGAAAUGUUCAUGUAGAACAGCACAACGAACUCAAAGAAGAAAGACGUAGCCCGAGUCCGAAAGUGAUGAAGUCCUAUGACGCGGGACAUUUAGACACAGAUGAAAAGAAGAUACUGAAUGAAGCUCGUGACAGUCAAAGCGUUAAUGACUCCCAGUUCGUCCCACCAUUAACACCAUAUUUCAUAGGCUAUCAAUAUUUCCAGUGGCCUCAGCAGUACACCAGUCCACGAAAAUCCAUUCCCAUGCCAAUUCCCACUCUCUCACCUCCACCUGUUCCACCAGAGAGCACAGAUCGGCUGCUGGCAGAUAUCGCUGCGGCAACACGUCAAGAUGAAGAUGGUGACACGCCUCUUCACAUUGCUGUGGUUAAGGAGAACGGUGCACUGGUCGCCUGGCUUAUUGAAAUAUAUCGGCGGGCCCACAAAGACCUAGACAUUUUCAAUAACCUAAGACAGACAUCAUUGCACUUGGCUGUAAUCACCCAUCAGCCUGGUCUGGUGGAAGCUCUUUUGGAUGCAGGAGCUGAUCCUGGAGCUCUCGACCGUAAUGGGCAGACAGCAUUGCAUCUGUGCUGUGAGCACGGAGAGGCCGACUGCCUCUCUGUAAUCCUCAGACACUACUCACACAACCCCUCACCCCACCUGGAGAUCAGGAACUAUGAAGGACUGACUCCCCUCCACCUGGCUGUGCAGAAUGGAGAUAAAAAGUUGGCCAAAAUCUUAUUGGACAGCGGAGCUGAGAUCAACGCUGGGGAUAACAAGAGUGGCCGCAGUCCACUGAUACAUGCUGUAGAAAACAACUCUAAUGACAUGGUCAACUUACUGAUCGAGAGUGGGUGUGAUGUAAAUGCACAGUCUUACAGUGGGAAUACUGCCUUGCACAGUGCCUGUGGCAGAGGUCAGAUAGAGAUUGUCAGGAUGCUGCUAAAGAAUGGAGCUGAUAGUAGUGUAAAAAACAACCAUAAUGACACCGCCAUCAUGGUGGCAAAAAACAAAAAGGUGUCUGAUGUGCUGCGUGGGAAGGGCACCCGCAGCUACGCUGUGAAAACGCUGCAUAACAGUAAUGGAUCUCUGUCCCCUGGUAGCUCAAAUCAAUCUCCACGGGUAACACCUACUCUUCAGCGCAGCGCUUCACUUUCUCCUGUGGCUCCUGUUUCACACUCGCCCCGAAGUCUUUCAGCAGAGAGCAUUUCAGAAAGCCAAUCACAGAUGAGCAGCAGUGAAACAACACUUAUGCAAACAUUGCCAAGGACAUGCCAUAAUAUUGCAGCUGACAAUAGGGCAAGCUACGGAAUGACACUCCAUACUUUCCCCUAUCUUCCACCAUCUGCGUAUGACCAUAUUAAGGCUUCUGCCUCUCACAUCCAGAGAAGGACGCUAUUCCCAGGUUCUCCUGUUUACUAUGGCCCUGGUAUUCAAAGACCUCCCUAUUACUCCGAUGCACAGAUCAUUUUCUUCCCUGGUAUCCCUGUUCCGCACAUGUAUGGCUCUCCCUCACAGGGUACGGUUAACCAAUCAAGGCCAUCCAGUCGCAGCAGUGACCAAUCAGACAUGUCUACUAUGAGUGUAAACAGUGAAGAAAGAGGAGUAAGUUGAUUAUGGCCAGAUCUGUAAGCAGCUGUGACAUGGCCAACUUAAGUUGGGUUUUUUGUGGCUGGACAACAUAUUGACAGAUUUAUAGCAUUUCUGUUUAUCUAAGCAUUUUUCAAAUCUAUGUUAAUUUUGUCAAAUCAGUGACAUAAUUGGUUAAGGAUGUGUGUAACACCAAGUGUCUUUGCUAUGUAAUUGAAUUACAAAGGGCUAUAAUAUUUUUCAUAUUAUAAUAUUAAUUACUAUUUUGGUUUGGGAAGUGAUUGUGAUCUAUUUGAUCUUGAAUUGAUUUGAAUUUGACAAGCACACUGCAUUUCAAACAUUGAUGUCCUCAAAUGCGUGUUAUUGGCACAUCAUAGUCAAUAUACAUCAAGUACAAUGGAUAUAGACAUUAGUCAGAAUAUUCUUAUCUGCAAAAAUGAUAAAUAAUAAGAAUAAAUUAACGAUGUGUAAGCUGCUGUGCCAUUGUCAAUCAAAAAACAUUUUGACAUGGUUUUGACACUUCUGUUUUUUGAUAUGCUUGUUAAUAAUAUUUGAAUAUGCAGGUAAUACCACUGCCACUUUUAUUUUAGUGGACAAAUUUUUUUUAAUGGCAGCUUUGAGUGAUGGAAGCCCUAUGUAAUUAAGUUCUGUGACAAAAUAGGGUAUAUUAAUUAGCAUUGACAGUUAUAAAGAAAUAUUUCUACCAUUGCAGAAAUCUACAUUUAAUUGGUUAAAACUAUUCCUACUGAGGCUUUAAUGUGAAUUACCAAAAUGGUACUUGAUGCUGAUGUUGUUGCUCAUAGUUAUAUAAAAGAAUGUAUAAAUGUUGAGUUUCUAUAUUAAUGUGUGAAUAUAAAUGCAGCAGUAAAUAAUAGCCUAAUUUCCUUUUAAUUAAACGUACAUAUUUGUAUACAUAUAGGUGUGUUUCAUGUCUAAAAGUAGGACGUGUACCAUAUAAACGUACAUAUUUUUAUACAGAAACGUGUGUUUCAUGUCUAAAAGUAGGAUGUGCACCAUAUAAACUAACAUAUUUCCAUAAUUUUAUACAUAAAUGUGUGUUUCAUGUCUAAAAGUAGGACGUGUACCAUAUAAAUGUACAUAUUUGUAUACAUAAACGUGUGUUUCAUGUCUAAAAGUAGGAUGUGCACCAUAUAAAUGUACAUAUUUC